AUGCGUUGUCCGCCAUACUCCCGAGUUCGCCCAAAUGAGACGCACAGGAAGCCGGACGCCCCUGCCGUAAAUGCACUGUUGCCAUCCGGCAGUUGGCAUACGGAGGGUCCGCCGACAUGCUCCAUGAGUAUCCGCACCGCGGCGAGACGAUCAAGCAACGAGUGCCCGAAGAAUUUCGUCGUGGCGCGGCGAGAGAUAUUCGGGGAGCACUACCUUCGGCCAGCCGGACGCAGCUCGAUCGCCAAUUCCUACCGGAUUGGCACCGGAGGACCCACGGCUUUCCGGGGAUGCUCGGGCAAAGACGGGAUUGUAUGCACCGCAGUGGAAGAAUCGCCCAACCGCGUGGCGAGGCUACCACUACCUGUUUUCACAAAGGUACGCAUCCCACCAUCAUUCUUGAAGCCGUUGUCGACCAACGGCUUUGGAUUGGCAUGCUUAUUUUGGUAUAGCCGGGCCGAACAACGACCUAAAUGUUCUCUCAAUUUCUCGCCCCUUUUCAACGAGCGGAUCAACGGGUUAGGCCCCUCCAUCGAAUUCACGGCCAAUGGCAAUGUGCAUAACAUGGGGUACUACCUGGCUGACGGCAUCUAUCCGCAAUGGCCCGUGUUUCUGAAGACGAUCAGAUGCCCACUCGGAGAUAGAAGAAGGUAUUUUGCCCGAGCGCAAGAGUCUGCGCGCAAGGAUGUGGAGAGGGCAUUUGGGGUGCUCCAAUCGCGAUUUGCACUGGUAAAGGGCCCGACGCGCUUUUUCUACCAGGGGGAUAUUGCCGAUAUCAUGUAUGCGUGCAUCAUCAUGCAUAACAUGAUCAUCGAAGAUGAACACGAAGGCGUCCUCGACGUCACCAACGACCCAAGUGUUGCAUCAUCGAGUCACGGUGUCUCAACCGAGUCCGCCCGCUAG